CUCUCUCUCUCUCUCUCUCUCUCCCCUCGCCAUCCCGGAGAAACCUGGACUGACCGACCCAUCGGACUGAGCUGUGAGCGUGUUAACGGAGCUUUAUGGGUUUGUUUUUGACACCGGCUACUUCUUCUGUGUGAUGAAAGCUUGGAGGGGAAAAACUGCAAAUAUAAGAAACCAAACCAAACCGGGGAGCGGGAGAGCAGACAAGACGGUGCACAGCAACGCGGAGAGAGAGAGAGAGAGAGAGAGAGAGAGACGACAACUUCCAGUGGUUGUGUGUCCUCGGGGCGGUCUGCGGGGAGCUCCGGAGCUGCAGCUGUCAUUAGAAAGGUCGGUGUGAACUCGCUCCCCUCACUCAAACAUGGAGUUCCCAGACGACUUCCUGCUGGCCGAGCUGGGUCACCUGCAGCUCUACAACGACUCGCUCUUCCAGAACAACUUCACCGACGGCUACAAUGAGACGGAGGCCUUACUGCCGACGGGGGUGAAGGUCACCAUCGUGGUCGUCUACAUGAUUGUCUGCGUCAUCGGCCUGGUGGGAAACUUCCUGGUCAUGUAUGUCAUCAUAAGAUACACCAAGAUGAAAACAGCCACCAACAUCUACAUCUUCAACCUGGCGCUGGCUGACUCUUUGUUUCUGGCUACUUUACCCUUCCAGGGCACCGACGUGUUCCUGGGAUUCUGGCCAUUUGGGAACGCUCUGUGCAAGGCGGUGGUGUCUAUCGACUACUACAACAUGUUCACCAGCACCUUCACCCUGACGGUGAUGAGUAUGGACAGGUACGUGGCCGUCUGCCACCCUGUCAAAGCUCUGGACAUGAGGACUCCGCACAAGGCCAAGGUGGUGAACAUUUGCGUGUGGGUGCUGGCCUCAGCCUUUGGGGUUCCUGCAAUGGUCCUGGGAAAUCUGGAGGAGGAACAAGAGCAUAACAGUGUUGAAUGCAUCGUUGUUUUGCCUGAACCAAGGAGUCACUGGGAUCCUGUGUUUGGCACCUGCGUCUUCCUCUUCUCUUUCCUCAUCCCCGUGGCUAUCAUCAGCAUCUGCUACAGCCUCAUGGUUAAGCGCCUGCGCAGCGUUCGAAUCUUGUCCGGCUCCAAGGAAAAAGACCGCAACCUGCGGCGCAUCACGAGAAUGGUCCUGGUUGUGGUGGCGGCCUUCGUUGUCUGUUGGACCCCCAUACAGAUCAUGGUCCUUGCUCAGUCCCUGGGCUUUAACCUGAGCAGCCUGUUCACACUGGUCCUGAUGCACUUCUGCAUCGCACUGGGCUACGUCAACAGCAGCCUGAAUCCCGUGCUCUACGCCUUCCUCGACGAGAACUUCAAGCGCUGCUUCCGAGAGUUCUGCCACCCGUCGCCAUUCCGCCUCGACACCCAGCAGUCGGGUCGGAUGAGGAGCAUUGCCAGGGAGGUGGCGGCGGCUUACAGUUGCAAGGCCGGAGACGGUGGGGGGCAUGGGGGAGGGACGCCCAAUCCGGCAUGACUAGGCGUGGAGCUCCCCCUGGUUGGGGUAGACCCCAAUCAGAGGAGAGAGAACCAGGCGACGGGGAACUCCAACACAGAAUUGACUCAGAUUACAGCUCUCUAGCGGCACGAGCCCCCCCAACCCCCAACUAGAAGACUGGCCUGGGGUGGGGGGGAGGGAGAUGAGGAGGAUGGGGAUGAAAGGAAAAGAAUUUAGAUUAGACCCAUGAGACCUACACCGUGGUGGCAUUGGUUGAUUUUGGUAGGAGAUGGUGCCAAAUGUGAAAGUAUCAUUGCCAACUAGAUCGUUUAUUUUGGGAAGAAAGGGCAGUAUCAUAUUUUUAAUGAAGCUUGAGACUUUAAGAAACCUGAUUGAAGGACUUGCAAGGAUUCAACUAUAUUCAAGUGGAUAUUAACACAUAGGCGUUGGCAGCAUUAUUGGACUUUAUUGUAGCCCCAAAAACAACAGCCUCAGACUCUGUAUUUGCCAACUGAGCCUGUCACCCAGCUGCUGCAUGAAAGAUGACAUUAUACUUGGGAUAAUACAGCAGGAGUUUGGGUUUCAAAUUUGGAAAGAGUAUGGAAGGGGCAAAGGGUUUAUAGAUGGGGCUGCAGAUACCAAAAUCUUUGCAAACACCAUGAACUGUUUGGUGCAAGUAAAGAAAAAAUAACAACUUUGGAUGCAGGGAUAGGACUGAUCUCGCAGUGGAGACCAAGGACUUUUGCCAAGGACGAGGAAAACCUUCUGGAAAUGUGAAAAUGAGGAACACACUUUGUUAAGUUUAUCAGAUCUUUAUCACUGAUGUUUCAGACUGAUAUAAUUAGUGUCACAAGCGGAGAAAAAAAUGGAACACACAGCGCCCCAACUGAUAUCGUUUUUUUUUUUUUAAUUGUGACAAAAAAAUGGGUCUGUAGGGGUAUUUUGCUGCAGUGCCCCUAUCGGGACAUCGUAGACAGGAAGUUGGAUGUAAUAUUUGUGUACAAUAGCUAGCAUAGCGUAAAGAACAACGUGCGACAAACAAACUAUUUGACAGUAGUUCUGAAAUUGUGUCUAUGAGCCCAGAAUGGGUCACAUGAAUGUUAUUUUCUCGAUGUGUCCUGAAAGAACUAAGCCUGAGAAAUCCUGUCAUGGAACUUAUUUCUUAAAGCUUUUGUGAUUUUUGAAAACUUUCUAUAAUCACUGUUGGGUGUUAGAAAUGUAGGGGUGGGGGAAGGGGAAAGUCUGAUGAGAAUGUAACCUGGGGAAAAAAAACAUUGAAAGGACAAGUCUAGCAGGAAUAUUCAUCUUUUCCCCCUUUUUGCUUUGUUUCAAAUAUAGACAGUAAUGACAAAAACUGCUGGUGGUGGGUCAAAUGUAAAAUUGUCAAAUUGCUUUUAUUCAAGGUUUAAUAUCAUAGGCUGUAUCUAAGAAGUAGACAUGUCUACUGAAAUUCCCCCAUUAGUUUGUUGGUUACCAGAGCCUUACUUUUGGCUUUUUGGCUGCAAUUGUCCUGAUUUUAUUGAAGCCAGAUGUGGCCAUAUUUGGGGGCCCCAAGAGGGUUAACCCUUUCUGUGUACUUCAGUUGACAGGUCACCCUUCUCAAUUACAGGUACAAUAGCAUGAGGUGAUAAACAAAUGGUUCCUUUUGCAAAAAGAAGAGUCACCUCCUUUCGUCGUUUAAGACACUGAUGCAAUGGCUCCAAAAUGAACACCAAGGGGUUAUGUCUACUUCCUUUUAUUACAGUCUGUUAGAAACCUGUUGUACAUUUGCAGCAGGAUUAAAUUUGCCCGAAAACAGAAUAUUUUGAACAUUAAAUAUUUGUUUUAAGCACAUUGUCAUGAAAUGAUUCCUGUUCAGAUUUGUAAAAACAUUCCUUAUCUUUAGAAACGUGCAGACCAGAUGUAAUGGACAAAGCAUCUUUGAUUAUAUCACUGAACUUGAUUGAUUGACGAUGAUGUGUUUUGUAAAGUUAAUAGAAAAAAUCCAUUUAUACAUUGCACAUUACACCUCAGAGUUUGCCUUAUAUGUAUUUGUAAACCUUGUAGUAUUGCACCAAUUUAUUAACUGUAUCACCAGUGACUUUUUGAAGCAAGUCCAGUUUCACUUUGUGGAUAAUUUAGGCUCAAUUUAGAGAAUAUGACCAACUGUGGAAUGGACAGAUCUAAUAAAACAAUGACAACAUGUGUAAAAAGCUUAGCUGGCAGUACAUUAACAUCUGAUUAGACCUGCACCGAUUGGGAGAAUCAGGGCUGAUACCAAUGUUUGAAAUAACAAUUUAGACAACUGCCAAUGCAAUUUUUUGGUGCAACACUCCCACAAUGCCACCGUUUAUUCUCUUGUUUGACAAUGAAAACAAGUCAGUUUGUUCAAAAACAUCGGCUAAAGACAUUGGUUCAUGCCACAUAAUUUGCAGAUGUGCUGAUAUCUGUCAAGAGGUCCAAUAUCAGCCGAUACCAAUGUUGAACUGAUGCAUUGGUUCAUCCCUAAUUUGAACACAUUCUGUUGAAAUAAUACAAACUUGCUUGCAGACUAUGGAUCAAAUACAAUUAUACAUGCCAUGGAAAGAUUGGGAGUGCAGAUAAAAGCAUGGCUGAGGAAAUGUAUUCACAGAUGUUUUUUUAAAUUGACACGUCUUGGUCUGCUGUUUCCUCCCAGGUCUGUAGUUGCUGUCAGGUUUUGAGGAAUAGGAGGUGAAACUGAUCAGGUUCUGGGAUGAUGUUGGGUUUGUUGGUUAUCUCUGAAUCUGAGAUAUUUUUGUGAUCAGUGUUUUUACAUUGGGUGGGGUCGGGUGGGAUGUUAUCCGUGAGUCAUUUUGACUCCCAGCAACAAAGUGGCAAAGCAGGAGGAAGGGGUCACAGUGGUCUGACCCCCUCUUCAAGGGACAAAGGGGCUCUCUCUCUCUCUCUCUCUCUCUCUCUCUCUCUCUCUCUC